CUAAGUGAAUGGCUUUGAAUCAUAUGUGCGUCUACACCGACUUGCACCAAGGAUGAUACAUACCUUGAGAUGACUCCCCCCCUGCAAGGAGAGACCGUUGCACUGAUUGUGUAGAGCUCAAAUAUCAGCGCCACGACAAUGACGAUAGGAAGAAGCGUCACUAGCCACAGCAGGACGUCAUACGCAAAGCUUGGAGACGGACCAGGAUACCAGAAGGACAACCAUGACAGCCAACAAACGCCCAAUUGGUGCGGAAGUGGAUGAUUCUUCGGUGAUGAUCUGCCUUAAAUGCCCAAUCAAGGUUGAUGUCCUCCUCAUCUUCAACCCCAAACUAGAAUGUUCAACACAAAAUCAAGGCAUACCACCAACUUUUCGUCCCGCCCAGCACAAACAAAGCUAGGCCUCCACACGUCACUGUGUUUUCAGAAUUCUGGAUGGCUAAUGUGUGUUUCCCUGUCCUCUUGAAAAGGUGAGUUGAGUCGCUAUAUGACGCUGAACCUUCUCUCAAUCCCAUCAUGCGUUCCUUCCUCUGAAUUCGGACCGUUGCCCACAACAGACUUGCACAAAAGACUUGCUGCAGUCUGGCGACUUUCAGACGACUUCGUCUCCCGGUUACACGAUAUUCUCCUUUUACAUAGUGGAGGAUUCGGCCUCUUUCUAGACCCUGACGACGCGUUUUGGCCAUGGGUAUCUUCUCUAGACGUCGUGAACGGGGCCACCUCACCAAUGGCGAAAGCCAUCGGCGUGAGAAACGACAUCGUCAUCGACAUGGUGCGCAGCCGCGAGAAAAUACACGGCCUCUCUUCGACCUCGAGUCGGGCUACUUCAAUCGCCGACCUAGCUUUGGACAAUGGCUUAAAUUCACCUGGCUUGAUAUUCUCACCAUGGCGGCCAUGGGUGCCAUCGGCCUCGGAGUCUACAAUGCGAAUCCUGCUCCCUCCCGGUCGUUCCCUGUAACCUUCUCCGACGGCGAAAUUGUCUAUCCUGAAUUUGCCUAUCCACUCCGCAAGGAAAUCAUCCCUAUCUGGGCUGCUGCCAUGCUCGCUUCCUUGGUCCCGAUCUUCAUCUUCCUGGUCAUGCAAAUCCGCAUUCGCUCAUUCUGGGACCUCAACAAUGCCAUCCUCGGGCUCCUCUACUCUUUAAUCGGAGCCGCCGUGUUCCAGGUCUUCAUCAAGUGGCUCAUUGGAGGUCUCCGGCCCCAUUUCCUAGACGUCUGCGACCCCGAUCCUUCAGCCAUUGGCGGACAAGGGGGGAAUGGCUUCAGGGAUAUCAUGUUCAAUCGCGACAUCUGUCGCGGUGACGUGGAUCAAAUCAAUGACGCUCUCGAAUCCAUGCCGUCGGGUCAUAGUACCGCCGCAUGGGCUGGAUUUCUCUACCUCUACUUCUAUCUGAAUGCAAAAAUGAAGAUUUUCAGCAACCAUCACCCUGCCUUCUGGAAGUUGAUUGCUCUCUACGCCCCCGUUCUCGGUGCGUGUCUCAUUACGGGUGCUCUCACGAUUGACGAGUUCCAUAACUGGUACGACUGUCUCGCUGGAGCAGUGAUUGGUUCCACCUUUGCCAUCUCUUCGUACCGAAUGCUCUACGCCUCGGUAUGGGACUUCCGAUUCAAUCACAUCCCACUGACGAGACAUACUCCCUUUUCUUACGGUGCUGGUCCCGCAGGAGCCGGAGGAUUCGAGAGUGCCGUGUUUACUAGACGAGCGGGCUGGGGCUAUGAUGAAGCAUUCGGCGGUGCUCCAUUUGAUGCGGCGCAUGGAAUGAGGGGUCAGGCAAAUGGCUUCAACACCGCUGCCGCGGGUGCCACAGAUGGGGCUCACCAUGAUCAUUCUGGUCACCACCUAGAACCUCGACAUGGAGAUGUUGAGCACAAUGCCGCAAUGCCAGAAACCAACGGCUACAACAACUUUGGCACUCAUGACCCAAGCGAUCAGUAUGGAUCUGGUGCAUAUCCGAACUCAGCAGGUGAUGGCGGCCAUGUCAGUGAACCUCUACCGGCUGCGACGGCAGAAAACCGGUACCGAAGCCACCGGAAGAGCUUGGACAGAAAGGCCGUGCCCACCCAAUCUUGAGUUCCAAGCCUGGUAUAUCGAGCACAGAUGUCGUGGUAGACAGACGAAACUGGGGAUUGCACAUGAGACGAGAUUAAAUUAGAUUUCAUGAAUGUCAUUAUUGUUGCAUGCUUAA